AUGGCAUUUCCCAUUGUCGAUUUUCUAGGAGGCAACAAUCUUGCCGUUUGCGACACGAUGACUAGCGAGCCCUACGUUGUUGUCGAAUGCGGUUCGCAGAAGUCAGAAGUCGUGCAGGACAACUGCAACCCUGUCUGGAAUGAAGAUUUGACCAUUUAUGUGAAGGACCUAAAUGCCCCUAUCAAUAUAGACACGUUCACAUACGACGACAAUAUGGGAAACGCCAAAAUCGACAUAAAACCUAUAGUAGAAUGCAUGAGGAUGGGACUGGAAAGUUUCCCGGACGGGACUAAAGUUGAAAAGGUUCAGCCGAGCCGUGAGAACUGUUUGGCUGAGGAGAGCUGUGUACUGUGGAGUGAAGGAAAAAUGAUUCAGGACAUGAUUUUGAAGUUGAGAGAUGCCGAGUGUGGGGAGGUUCUGGUUCAGAUUGAGUGGCGUGAUCUUCCAGAGGUGAACCCGAUCAUCGAUGCACUGUGCGGCCUCUUGGAGCUGCUGGAGGGCGGAAAAGCCUCCAACAACAAUGUUUUUCUAUCCUCUGAAGGUGGUUGGAGAAUGCAUCCUGAUGAGGCUUGUCGUGGGAUUUCGCCUUUUGGGUCAAGGUACGGUGACAGCAACCUAGAAGAUGACAAUUUCCGACCUUUUGGGUCCUGUGGUGGAAGGAGGUAUUUUAGAAAUAGUAGGGAAAAUGCAGGAUCCUUUAGUCAGAAGGAUUGGGAUCUCCCUCUUGGGAACCACCUGUUGCAUCGUUGUUGCAUCGUCUGGUGCCUGGAAAAGCCUCACCUUGGCUGGGGUGAGGAUCUUGCAAAGUAUGAGAAGAAGAAAGUUGAUAGUCCUGAAGAUGGUGUUUCGAAAGAUUUCCUGGCUAACAGUGUCAGUGUCAGCACUACCGAAGCUAUGCAGUUUGCUUCUGUUGAUGUGCCUGAUAAGAGUCCCAAAGCCGUAAAUGGGUUAGAUUGUGCCUCACCAGUGACUUCGUCUUCUGUUGAUUGUAGUUCUUCUCCAGGUAGAUGA